AUGACAACAGUUGACCGAUACAAGCGGAUCGUACAGUACUUUUGGGAUCCCGAACCAUCAGUCGACACAGCCUCAGACUCUCCAAUAUGGUGCUUAGGCAAAGAAUACAAGAUCUCUCCAAAACCGCGCACCUCCUCUUCCACCUCUCCUCCGCAAGAAUCCAAGCCUCCCCGUGUGGCGGCACCUCAGCCAGCCCAUCCUGUGACGCCUCCAGAUAGCACUGCGAGCAGUAUUGACUCUGAGUUGACUUCUGGCGAUUCUGGAAAUGGAGAGGAUGGAGGUUGGCCUUCGACUUUCCUGGAUGAUUUCGAGGCCAGAAUAUGGCUUACCUACCGUUCGAAUUUCCCGAUUAUUCCUAAGUCGCAGGACCCGAAAGCACUAUCGUCAAUGUCCCUUGCCGUACGAUUUCGAAGCCAACUUGUUGAGCCAGCUGGUUUUACUUCAGAUACAGGGUGGGGGUGUAUGAUCAGGUCUGGACAAAGCCUUCUAGCGAACGCCCUGGUCAUGCUGCGAAUGGGUAGAGCUUGGAGACGUGGCACACAAGAUACCGAAGAGCGAAAGAUCAUAUCCUUGUUUGCGGAUAAUUCGAAAGCACCCUAUUCAAUACACAAGUUCGUUGAACAUGGCGCCACAGCCUGCGGGAAGUAUCCCGGAGAGUGGUUUGGACCUUCGGCCACUGCUCGCUGUAUUCAAGCAUUAACAAAUCACGAAGGAUCAGACCUACGGGUUUACAUUACUGGUGAUGGCUUGGAUGUGUAUGAAGAUGCUUUCAUGAAUAUAGCAAAGCCUGGUGGGUUUACCUUCAACCCUACCCUUAUACUGGUGGGGACUCGCCUUGGCUUGGACAAAAUAACUCCCGUUUAUUGGGAGGCGUUAAAGGCUUCGUUACAAAUGCCGCAGUCCAUAGGGAUUGCUGGCGGCCAACCCUCUUCUUCACACUAUUUCAUUGGCGUGCAAGGGCCCUACUUCUUUUACCUCGACCCUCACAUGACUCGGCCAGCUCUACCACUACCGGAAAACCUCGACAAUUAUGCUCAAGAGGACAUUGAUUCUUGUCACACCCGAAGAUUACGGAGAAUCCACGUGAAGGAAAUGGAUCCAAGUAUGCUGAUUGCCUUCCUUAUUCGUGACGAGAAUGACUGGAAGGAAUGGCGAAGGGCCACCCAAGAAGUCCAAGGCAAGGCAGUGAUCCAUGUGGCAGAUAAAGACCCAGCACUUCAUGGCCUGGGCACCGAGCGAGAUGGUGCAAUCGACGAGGUUGAGACUUUUGAUGAUGAGGAUGACGAUGGCAAUACUCUUUUGAAUGCAUAG